UGUCGCAAAACUUUAAUCAAAAGCGCAUUACAUAAAGUGUCGCGAAAGUUCCCGCAUGGUAAGCUCGACAAGCUCUCAAACUCCGUGCGCCUGUUUCCAACUAUGUAGAUCGAGUUCGCGGAGGUGACAUCUGUUUCGCGCUCUCUCCUUGCCUCCCUCACUAAAUUAAUUAUACUUUGAGAUUGCGUUUUAUGCCUAUUUACAAGCACUUUGUCAAGUUCCGUGCGGCAAGAAGGCCAAAGUCGCGCGCUUUAGCCGUAUCUUUGUACCGCAGUACAACGUGUGCGAUACUUUGAAAGUAGCAGCGGGGAGGGAGGGGAACACUCGAAUGUCGACUCGGUAGAAGCAGAUCGCUUACAUAAGGCAAAUGUAUCGCGAACACACAAUUUCGUGAUUUCGAAAGUUCUCUCUGUGGUAGAGAAGAGAAUCGCGCGCUUUUCACGAGCGAAGUCGGGUCCGGAUUGCAACGCGCCGGCUUUCCGUUCCAACCCGAGGUCUCGGGGUGCGGCGACCCAGCCUCGAACUUUCCGACAACUAACAAAGUCGCGCGAACGGCAAACUAAUUGAGUUUUCCCGCCAAUUAUCCCCGGCUCCGCCCGACAAUUACUUUUAUACUCGUUUUUCUCCCUUUCUGCCCGUCCUGCCCCGCUUCGCCGCCCCUAUCGGGGUUCGUGCUUCGCCUCAAAGUCCGUCGUAAAGUAAACGGAUCCGAGGAUACCCGAAGAAUAGUCGAGCCAAGCUAACCCGAUCGAAGAAGCUAACCCUCGCUCUGCAGAUAGCGGAGAAUCGGGGUUGAAGUAUCGCAACCGCCGACCGGGCUGUUCAAUUUCUGCUCUUUCUCUUCUCCCCUUUCUAUUUACGGCCGCGAGGACGAUCGCCGUGCGGUUAGUUCUUGCUGAAUCCUUGCGGAGACGCUCGAUAGAUCGCAUCGGCGAUAAAACGUCUCCGAUAACCGGUGUAUAUAUAUACCCGACAAAGUCGAAUUGUGCUGGGAAAGGAGGCAAAGAAUUUCGGGCAGCGCUAAUAUCGUUAAACCAGCCAAUCUGGCAUCAGUUAUUUUCGAGAAUUUCCGGCAAUAAGUCGAAAUUUCAAGAUGGCGAAUCAAACUUAUCUUGAAGUUGUUUGUAAUUUCAUGUGUAUUUUCAAGUGCAAUUCAGGUGCUAGGCAUUAGUCGAUUAAAAUUUUAGUUGACUAAAAUAAUCGCCAAAUUAAUUAUGAAAAUUAACGUUAUGCAUGUAAUCACGAAUAAUUGUAUCGGUUAAUUAAAUUAAUUAUUAAUCAGUAUAAUCUGUAUAAUCAAUCAAAUCCAAGUUUCAUUAAUAAUUAAUUUCGUGGACUAAUUAUUCGUAAUUGCAUAUAUGAGGGUCGAUUAGUUUUGAUAAUUGAUUUGCCGAUUAUUUUAGUCAACUACAAUUUUAAUCGAAUAAUUGCUCAACACUGGUACUCUCGUGUAUCAAUAUGGGCAAUAAUUGGUUGAAAUUUUCCUUGAAAUAAUUAUUGACAGAUCAAUAAUCAAAAUUGAUCAAUUAUCAUAUAUAAAAUCACAAAUAAUUUCACCGCGAUUGAUGAAAUUAAUCAAUGUAUAUUCAAUCACAUCGAAGUUUGAUUAAUAAUUUUAUUAAUCGUAAUGAGGUUAUUUGUGACAAUUCACGUAUGACAAUUGAUUAAUAUUGAUUACUGAUUCGCCGAUUAUUUGAAUCGAUCAAAAUUUUAAUCGAUUAAUGUUCAACACUGUCAUACAUCCGCGAGAGAUAAUAAUAAGAGAUGUUACAAGGGAAUAUAAAAUUACGAUCACAUUUCGUCGGGUAAAUAUUGUUGAAAGCGUUGAACGGUUGCUCCAUUGAAGCACUGAAGACGAAAGCGGAAGCGAAAACAUAAACAAUCGGGAGAUAUGCGAGCGCUUGUCGACACUGUCAACAUCCCCGGAGCGGAGCAUGCGGUAGUGAAUGCCGGUCGGGGUCGCGGGCGAAGAUGGUAGGGAUAAGUGGAUAUGUGGCGUACGCGUGCAGACGGGGGAUAAGUAGUAAACUCGGCGAACGUGCGUCACACACACGCGUGGUACGCGCGCCGUCGGAGGGACGCGGAAAACGCUACGACACAGCGCGGGCAUUUCGAGUCGGCUUGUUCGCGUAGGAGGAACUCUCGUCUCGUUUCUUGGAUCGGGAAUCGAUUCCACAACGUCAGCGAAGAGAGCCGGUGGCCAGUGCUCGAUCGUUGGAAAAGUCGGAAGUAUGCCGUUCUUCAAGAAGCUCCGCAGAUUUUCUCGCCACAAAAAAUUAUGCGAGGAAUGGGCGUUGGCGAACAGCCGCGAGUGCGUGGAGGGUGGCGGCGGUUCGGCGGGCACGACGCACGGGGAGGAAUCCGAGGACGCGUCCGAGGCGAGGUUCACCCUCAAAUAUUUGGGCAGCACCCUCGUCGAGACACCCUCGAGCGAGGAGGCCACGGCGGAAGCCAUCAAGACUGUCAUCACCAUGGCAAAAGCGAGCGGAAAAAAGCUUCAAAGGGUCUCCCUGGCUGUGAGUUUGAGAGGGAUUAGAAUGACAGACCUGGCUACCGAAGAGGAUCAGCUUCAGGUGUCGAUAUACAGGAUUUCGUACUGCUCGGCGGACGCGACUCACGACCAUGUGUUCGCGUUCAUCGCGACGAACCUGAACGAGACGAUGGAGUGCCACGCGUUUCUCUGCCCCAAGAGAAAAAUGGCACAGACUGUGACACUGACAGUGGCGCAGGCCUUUAACACGGCUUACCAAGCUUGGCAGUUGUCACAGUCCGACCCCAGGAUCCAUCAUACUCAAGACAAGAGCCCGCCGCUGACGGGUGACAGGAUCGAUAAUAGCGAGAAGAAGAGCACCAGUGAGACCAAGACCACCGGCAAGAUAAACGAGCAGAAUAAGCAGAACGGCCAACGACACAACGACAGCCAGAAGAAUCUGCUGAUCGAUCUAUCGAACGAGCCGAAGCCGACGGGAAAUUCAUGGGUGUGUUUCGAGGAGGACACUGACGUGAAGAAGAGCCAGAAGAAGUGUACGACCAACAGCAUCCCCAUGACCACGCUGAGGCACACAAGCGCGUCCACGCCGGCUCAUCACGUGGUACCACGGCCCAGCACCGGCUUCAAAGUACAAAAUGCCUGGGGCGAGUCCAGGUCGGUCGACCUGAUGUGCUCGUAGCAGGGAUAGCCGGCGGCCGACAGCUUCAGGGACGUGCCGUUGAUCACCGGCCUCUGGAAGCACCUCUCGAACAACGGCCAACCGAACAAGUCCAACCAGAGCGACCGUUAGCAGGACCUAUACUACCGCGCGCUACUACUCUCCUCGUCGCGGAUCCAAGUUCGUGAGGAAGGAGACGAGGACUCUCGUCGACGAUCGCACGUUACGUUGGCACUUAUUUUCCGUCGACGCUGGCGACUGACAGAAAGAAAGAGAAAACGGGAUCACGACGAUACGGUGUAUAUUUUGUGCGAUGCGCGACGACCGUCAUCACGUGCACGAUCAGAAUUCCCGCGCUCAGAAUUUCCGCGUUCGUCACGCGAAGAGAUGCGCGACGGCACGAUGGAGGACCAACUCGUUCAUUGGCGGCAGGACGGUGUUAUAAUUGGCGUAGAAACAAUUAAGUAAGGGAUUUUUGUAUAACGCGUAUAUACCUGUGUGCCAAUUACUUUACACACAUACAUAUCGCACAAAUUUACUGUUUAAACGAGAACGCGCGAAUGGUGGCACACGCGCGACUUGACGACGGUUUCCGACGGUGUCAGCUCCGAUGAUAGGCGCGGCUGAUUAGUGAUUAGUCGCGCAUUGGAAUUAAAUACUUCGUAGCACAGAUUUAAAUAUAUUGAGAAAAGAAUAUUUGAAAAUUUAUUUGUAGGAUAUAUCGAGUUUCUUCACGGAAAUUAACUUUAUAUGUCUCACAAGUAAAUUUUCAAAUGUUUCUUCUCAAUAUACGUAGACUGUACCGAGAAAAAAAUACUUGAAAAUUUAUUUAUGCGGGAUGUGGAGUUUAUUCACAGAGAUAAACUUUAUUCUGUAGGAAUAACUUUAUUUCACAAAAAUAAACUUUAUAUCCUGCAAAUAAAUUUCCCAGUAUUCUUUUCUUAGUGCUUGUGAGCGCUCUGCAAAAUGGAGUGAAGACUCGAUUAAAAAAAGACGUUCUGUUAUUGCAAGCAUUCAAUCUUUGUCCAGCUCGACUUCUACUGGCUAAAGCUAAACAAAGAUAGCAUGCUCGUGGGAGGGAAAUACAGCUAUCCUUCAAUCUUGUCUUCAAACCUCUUGCAAGAAAAUGCAGUCUGGGUACGUGAGUCUGCUUCAUAGAAGUUCGCGACCGAGAGAACGUAUUACGCGAUAAUCGGGCAAAGGAGACGACCUGAGGAAAAACACGCCAGGUUUCGUAGAUCGAUUCCAUACGAUGGUGCUGGAUAGAUAUAUAUAUAUAUAUAUAUAUAUAUAUAUAUAUAUAUAUAUAUAUAUAUAUAU